AUGGCCACCCCUCCUAGAGUGAUCGUUGUCGGCGGUGGAUUGUCCGGUCUCAGCGCCGCCCACACCGUCUACCUGAAUGGCGGCAACGUCUUGGUUCUAGAUAAACAGGCCUUCUUCGGUGGCAACUCGACCAAGGCCACCUCGGGUAUCAACGGUGCCCUGACUCGCACCCAGGUCGACCUGAACAUCGCCGACAGCGUCAAGACUUUCUACGAAGAUACCCUCAAAUCCGCCCGAGACAAGGCCCGUCCGGAGCUGAUCAAGGUCCUCACCUACAAGUCCGCCGCCGCCGUCGAAUGGUUGCAGGAUGUCUUCAACCUCGAUUUGACUCUCGUUUCUCGUCUGGGUGGUCACUCCCAGCCCCGUACGCAUCGUGGCCACGAUGCCAAGUUCCCCGGAAUGGCCAUCACCUACGCCCUGAUGCAGCGCUUAGAAGAGCUCAGCGAGCAGGACCCCACCCGCGUGCAGAUCGUCAAGAAGGCCCGCGUGACGUCUAUCAACAAGUCCGGUAACCACGUGACCGGUGUGACCUACGAAUACAACGGCGAGAGUACGAGCGCCGAGGGUGUCGUCGUGCUCGCGACCGGUGGUUAUGCCGCAGACUUUGGCGACGGAUCGCUGCUGAAGCAGCACCGUCCCGACACCUUCGGCCUCUCCAGCACCAACGGCACCCACGCCACCGGUGACGGGCAGAAGAUGCUGAUGGACAUCGGUGCCAACGGCAUCGACAUGGACAAGGUCCAGGUGCAUCCCACGGGUCUGGUCGACCCCAAGGACCCCGAGGCCAAGUUCAAGUUCCUUGCCGCCGAGGCGCUCCGUGGCGAGGGUGGUCUGCUGCUCAACUCGGACGGUCAGCGGUUCUCCGACGAGCUGGGCCACCGUGACUACGUCUCGGGCCAGAUGUGGAAGGAGAAGGAGAAGGGCAAGUGGCCCAUCCGUCUGGUGCUCAACAGCAAGGCCUCCAACGUCCUGGACUUCCACACGCGCCACUACUCUGGCCGUGGCCUGAUGAAGAAGAUCAGCGGCAAGGAGCUGGCCCAGGAGAUCGGCUGCGGCGAGGCCGCGCUGCAGAAGACCUUCGACGAGUACAACCUCAUCGCCGACGGCAAGAAGAAGGACCCCUGGAACAAGCGCUUCUUCCACAAUAUGCCCUUCAACGUCGACGACACCUUCCACGUCGCCGUCAUGGAGCCCGUCCUCCACUUCACCAUGGGCGGUAUCGAGAUCAACGAGCACGCCCAGGUCCUCAACUCCGAGCAGAAGCCCUUCGACGGCCUAUACGCCUGUGGUGAGCUGGCAGGCGGUGUCCACGGCGCCAACCGUCUCGGCGGUUCCUCGCUGCUCGGCUGCGUCGUCUACGGCCGCGUCGCCGGCGACAGCGCCAGCGAGCAUCUCUUCCAGAAGCUGAUCUCCGGCGGCGCCACGACCGCGCAGAGCCGUCUCGGCCAGAUCUCCCUGCACAUCGACCCCAACACCCCCGGCAAGAUCUCUGUCGAGUGGGGUAGUAGCGGCGCUGGUGGCUCCGGCUCCCAGGCUGCUCUGCCCACGCCCGCCGGCGCCACCCUCGACGCCAAAGCCGCGGCCACGCCCGCCGGCGCCGCCGAGACAGCCAAGCCCACGGACCCUAAGAAGUUUGAGGUCCCUGCCACCGAAUACUCCAUGGAGGAGAUCGCUAAGCAUAACAAAAAGGAUGACCUCUGGAUCGUCGUGAAGGGCGUUGUCCUCGACGUGACCAACUGGCUCGACGAGCAUCCCGGUGGCGCCAAUGCCCUGUUUAACUUCAUGGGCCGGGAUGCCACGGAAGAAUUCGCCAUGCUCCACGACGACGAAGUCAUCCCCAAAUACGCGGGACAUAUCGUGAUCGGUCGCGUCAAGGGUCAGACCCCCGAACUAGAACUCUAG